AUGGCUUUUCAUCGGGUGUUUAAACGGGUCCUAAUUCACAAAUAUCACACCCUACCAUUGCUAGACACGAAUGAACUUGUUUUGAAGGGAGUUCCCUACGAGGGCACAGCAGCUGGUAGAGACUACAUGGAAUGGGUAAGCAUUCGCCAGCAAGCAAGGAACAAAUUCUUUUCGCCUCGAGAACGAAUAGAGGGUCGUGCUCUACCGUCAAUCUCCCUCUAUGAUGAUAUCUUAGCGCAUUGCAUGGCACGCUGGUUGCUGGUCGACUACAAACUCAAUGCAUACCCUUACUUUGAUCUCAAUAUCAUGACGGUAUACACGGAUCUCCACCAAUCGCUUAGGUUCUCGCGAUUGAUGUUGAAUUAUUUUGAACAAACGGUGCCAGAAGAGCUUUACCAGCGCAUAAAUUGUUUUCUGGUACCGCUCCACAGCAACACUAGUGUUACAGUUUCGGUGCCAGACACGAAGAUCACGGCCGUUCAAGACGGUUUACUGUCUUUUCAGCCUUCAAUUCGCAUUGAAGACCCUAUAUACAUUAUGAUGGUCAAUGACGUCCUGCGACAUCUUUCGCAAGAUUAUGUUCGAAAAAGUGCACACGGAGACUGGGAGCAGCGGUUCGUAGACUUCCUUCCAAACGGCGAACGGUACGAACGGUUCAGCAAAGAAAUCGACUACCGGUGCAACGUCACUUUGAAAACCUUGAAACCUGCCCUGGAAGCAAGCGGAAUAUCUGAAACGUAUAUUCCCUCGCGACUGGUACACUUUUUCACUUUACUUCAGCAAUGCGCACCGGAGCACAAAAUCUUAGCCCUCGAUGCGGCUCGGCGCGAGCCGUCGUCGUUGUCGAGCAUAAUCAGUUCUUGGUUUCGCUCGAAUGAUAAUCGGUUUCAGGCAUUCGAGCCAAAUGGGCCAACAGACCCGUUAAGUCUAGAGGACGCCACGUCUUUUACAUCCAAAUUUUCUGAAGUGCGCAAAAUAUACGCAUCCGUUCAUGAUGGGAGUAAAAUAUGUCAAUCCCAAGGCCUGAGUGACUUUGCUGAGAGUUGGCUUGACUUGGAGGAAACAGAACGUAUUUUAGGUGCGAAAGACUUGGAACUGAGAGCAAGUUGGAUGAGAGACGCCGAAUUGGACGUUCUUUAUAACUAG